AUGGCGGCAGCAUAUGCCCAAAACGGGCAUCUGCAGGAGGCGGCAAUGCUGCUCGACCGCAUUCCGGAACGCAAUGCCCCCGCGAUGACGGUCAUGAUCACGCUCUACUCCCAAAUCGGACGGCUGGAAGAGGCGCGGCGGCUGUUCUGGAGUAUGCCGUCCAAGGACCCCGUGGCCUGGAACGCGAUGCUCCAAGCAAAUGCCGUGAAUGGAGAGAUCCAAGAAGCCUGGAAGAUCUUCGACGAGAUGGCUGCCAGGAACGUGAUCACUUGGACGACGAUGAUCUCGGCAAUUGCCGCGGAUGGAGAUUCCCUGCGAGCCCGGGCCGUGUUUGAUCGCAUGGCACAGCACAACACCACCUCCUGGAACGCGAUGAUCUCGGGCUAUGUCGAAUCUGGGGAGCUCCAGCCAGCUGUCGAUCUCUUCCAACAAAUUCCCGAGCGAGAUCUCGUGUCUUGGAACGCCAUGCUCGCAGGAUUGGCACAGGCGGGCGACGUCUCCCACUGCCAAGCUCUGUUCUUCACCGAAAUGCCCGAGAGGAACAUUGUGUCUUGGAACACGAUGCUCGCUGCCACGGUGGGGGAUUCUUCCAGAUCGAACGAGCUCUUCUCGAGGAUGCCGGUGUGGAACCAGAUCUCCUUCAACUCGAUGGUCAAAGCGUUUGGGUCUGGAAAUCUGGAACAAGCGAAGCUCUUCUUCGAUCUACUCCCACACCGCGACGAAAUCUCGAGAAAUACCUUGAUUGCUGCCUAUGUCCAAGCCGGCCUCUACGCCGAGGCCAAAGAUCUGUUCGAUGCCAUGGAUCGCAAGAACGUCGUCUCCUGGAACAGCAUGAUCACAGCGGCGGAAGGAACAAGCUUUGCGGCCGAUGCUUUCGCUCGAAUGCCCGGAAGAAAUCUGGUGUCUUGGAACUCGAUGAUCCAGGCAUUUGCCAGCGGUGGCCAUGCCGAGAAGGCAACAGCGAUCCUGGAUGAAAUGCCGGAGCAAAAUCUCAUCUCCUGGAACUCGGCCAUCGCGGCAUUCAAGGACAGCGGCCUAGUGACCGAAGCAAGGGCGCUGUUCGACAGAUUGCCGCGCAAGAACGAAGUGACAUGGAGCGCGAUGAUCAGCGCCUACGCCAUGAAUGGAUUUCUGGAAGAAGCAUCCGGCCUGUGCUCCUUGGUGCCGAUGAAAGAAGCAUCCUCCCUCACGGCGCUCAUCCAGGGGUAUGCGCUCCACAACCGCCUCAAAGAAGCCACAGAAGUCUUCCAGCGAUUCCCCUUGCUCCAAGACGACCUCAUCGCCGUGACCUCGAUGAUCCGCGCGUAUGGCGCCGCGGGAUUUCCAGACGAAUCCAAGGCCCUGUUCGAUCGAUUGCGGCAGCGCGACCUCUUGUGCUGGAUCACCAUGCUCGGCGCCCUCGCCCAGGGCGAGUGCAUGGAUAGGGCAGAAGCCCUGUUCCACAAAAUGCCCGGCCACGAUGCGGCCACGUGGACGGCCAUGAUCACGGCUUACACGCAGGCGGGCAAUUUCAAACAGGCCAAGCUCUUCUUUGACACCACCAAGGAGGUCAGUGUUGUGUCGCUCAACGCAAUGCUCGCGGCCUAUUGCCAGCAAGGGAAUCUAAAAUAUGCCACUGCCUUGUUCGAGAAGAUGCCCUCCCAGAACGAAGCCUCUAGAGCGAUUGCAAUCGCGGCGUAUUCCCGGCUAGGGCAGCUGGGCGACGCGAAGCGCGUCUUCGAUUCGAUCGAAUCCCUGUCGGCGCCGGGUUUGAAUUCGAUGAUCGGAGGCUACGCGCACGGCGGCUACCUCAACGAGGCGCGAAUUGUGUUCCAGAGCUCCGCUGCAAGGGAUUCCUCGCCUUGGAGCACGAUGAUCGCGGCGCUGGGGAAGAAGGGGCUCUUCGACGAUGCGGUGGAUCUCUUCCGGGAGAUGCAGCAGCAGGGCGUCAAGGCGGGGGAGAUCACUUUCGGGGCCUUGAUCGCGAGCAGUAGCCACGGCGGGCGGCUGGAGGAGGGAUGCGAGCAUUUCCAGUCCAUGGCGGCGGAUUACGGCAUCGAUCCGGGAAGGGAUCACUACGAGUGCAUCGUCGAUCUGCUGGCGCGGUCUGGGAGGCUGGAGGAGGCCGAAGAGUUAGCGAGAUCCAUCCCCGAUUCAUCGGCGUGGAUGAAGAUCCUUGGCGCAUGCUGGCUCCAAAACGAUCGCGCUAGAUCCGCGAGAGCUGCCGAGUUUGCGCUUGACGCCAGGAAAUCCGGUCCCUAUAUCCUGCUCGCCAACAUUUGUUCUAGCGCAAUUUUCAGUAAUUAUAAGUGA